UAUAUGCUCUCAUUCAUAAUACAACCUAGCUAGCUAUUAUAGAUUUGAUGCAUGUCUUCAUGUACUUCAUUGAAUAUGAUAUUUGUAGUAGUGGCACUGCAGGCCUUGGACCAAUUAGAGUUUGUCUAUAAGCUUUGUUUGCUUCCACAAGCUUUGUUUUCUCCAGAAUCACCACAUAUUUAAUUCAGAAAUUGAAGGCGUGCGUUAGACCCACAUCCACAGAGUAGACAGACGUUAGCUUUUUGUUCUCUAGAAAUGAAAUUCUAAAUUAAAGCUAACACAUUAUAUAUAUCACGAGUCUUGGCUUCAAUUGCAUUGCAUAAAUCCGAUCAAAUACAAACACAAAGAAGAGUUUAGUUUGAAACAAAACAAAAUUUCAUAAAUUAAAAGAAAUCAUUCAAACACUUAUAUAUUAUCCCCUCAUGCUGCAAAUGUACAAGCAAAAAGUGCACACACACUACACAUACAAGAGAGAUGGCUUCAUAUGAAUUAACUUUUAACGGAUUGAUGGUUUUGUUUUUGUUGAUGGUUUUUUUGGCAAUGCCAGGUACAGCUGCAAGGUUACAUGGCAUGGCUAGUACUACAAAUAAUGGAGAAGAUUUAAUUACUACGACGUGCAACAACACACUUUACUUUGAUGAAUGUGUAUGUUCGCUGAGGUCGGAUCCUUGGAGUGAAACAGCAGAUAUCAAUGGGCUGGCUGCCAUUGCACUCAAUCUAAGCAUUACUGAAGCAAUGAAAAUACUUCCAUUCAUUAUCAAUUUGAACAACACUCUUGCUGUUAGUGAUCCACAAACCGAAUUCGAGUCAAGAUGCUUAGGUGAAUGCAUAGGUGAGUAUUUGGAAGCUGUUGAAUAUCUACAGGAGGCAACACAAGCUUUGACAGACAAGUCUUAUGAUGAAGUGAAUAGAUUGGUGACUGAUGCCAUGACAGAUUCGGUGACCUGUGAGGACGGCUUCGCGGAGGGGCCGGACGGCCACUCUCCCUUCACUCACACAAACCAGUAUUUCGAGAAGUUGUGCAGCAUUUUGUUAGCUAUCACUAAACUUCUCACUUGAUUUUUAAUUAGGAAUUUUUACAUAGUUUGUAUCCCUCUUAGGCAAUGUCCUUUUUUUUUUUUUUUUAUUCUCCUGUUAAGAACUUGAUGAGUGGUAAUGAUUUCUUAAUCCCAA